AAUUUUUAUUUCAUAAUCGAAGAUAAACAAACCUAAAAUGUCGUACGAAACAAUCCAUAUAAACAAAAUUUGUAGAACUUGUUUAUCAGAAGAAGAAAAUAUGAGAUCUGUAUUUAGUAUACACCCAGCAGAAGGAGAAACUAUGAGGUUAUUUGAGAUGCUUAUGUCUUGUGCUUCAGUGCAGGUAAUGGAAAACGACGGCUUGCCUUCCCAAGUAUGUUUCCAAUGUGUUCACUAUAUAACGAGAGCCUUCUCUUUCAAACAGCUUUGUGAGAGGUCUGAAAACACCUUAAGAGAAUUACUGGGUCGUCCCAUUCAAACAACGUUCUUAGAACUAAAACCUUUACUUGCCAACGACGUUUUAGUAUCAAAUACAGUCACCGACAUCAUUUCAACAGUAUCCGAGACUUUGCCUUCUGUUACAGAAACUUUAAACAGUGUAGCUUUAAUAAAUGACAGUUCUAUUUUACCGAUGGUUCCCAAUCAUUUCGAGAUAAAAGAAUUUAAAGAACCACAUGAUUUAGAUAUAAAGUUUGAUCAUUUUGAAACUAACGCAGCAUGUAAGUUUUUAGUACAAAACGACGCCGACAGUGACACCGGUCAAGAUCAGAGCAGUGAAAUGAUUGAAAUGAAACCCAAGAGUGAGUUUAAAACCGAAAGUAAGGAGUUUAAGAAAAAAGGUGUGAGGGAUGAAACCGAACAACCUAUUUACCCCUGUGAAGAGUGCACGCAUUGUUUCACCACCCAAACGGAUUUGAGGAUUCACGCAAGGAGUCACCUGAAAAAAACCCGCCAUCUCUGCAAAACGUGCAAACAAUGCUUCGCCAGUGCCAGCACCCUAUGCCGUCACAUGAAAGUCCACGACGGGGCCAAGCGACACCUCUGUAGCGAAUGCGGCAAAGGUUUCGCCAGGUCGGACGACCUCACGCGUCACUUGAGGACUCAUACGGGCGAGAAGCCGUUUUCUUGUAAGAUAUGCGAGAAGUCCUUCGCUCAGUCUUUCAGGUUACUGGAACACAUGAGGGCACACGCCAACGAGAAGACCUUUAUCUGCUCGGUGUGCGGGAAGGCGUUUUCGAGGUACACCAGCUUAGCGGCACAUAACAAGACACACAGUGGGAUCAAGAGCCAUCAGUGUAGCGUCUGUGAGAAAAAGUUGUGUGGAUCUGGCUCUUUAGCGAUGCAUAUGAAAACCCACACGGGUUUAAAGGAUCACAUUUGUCCAUUUUGCGGGAAAGGAUUCACCACACCAAGCAAUCUCAUUAUUCAUAAAAGGACCCACACAGGAGAACGGCCUUACGUCUGUAAGCACUGCGGGAAGGGCUUUCCAGACCCCUCGAGGCUGACUGUCCACGCAAGAUCCCACAGCGGGGAAAAGCCUUAUGUCUGCAACAUGUGCGGCAGAGGCUGCGUAAGCUCGUCGCAGCUAAAGAAACACAUGCGUAUCCACACGGGAGAGAAGCCGUACCAAUGCUCGAUGUGCCCCAAGGCUUUCCCGAGGAGCGAGGACCUGCGGAUACACAUAAAAACGCACACAGGUGAUCGUAACCACAUUUGUUCCUACUGCAAGAAGGGGUUCUACCAGGCGUCGACCUUAAAGGUUCACCUGCGGAUUCAUACCGGGGAGAAGCCGUACACCUGCAAUAUAUGCGACAAAGCGUUUUCACAAACUGGUCCGUUGUCUACCCACAUGAAGACGCACUGAUAGAGGCAACCAGCUCGUGGCUGUUUUUAGCCUCCGAGUUGUAUGUACGCUGAAAAACAUCACAUUUUGUAGAAGUUUUAAACGAUUUUAAAAUGCACUAAGCUUUGAGGAGAGCGGCAUUUCAAUUCAAAGACGUGCAGGAUUAUUUCUAUUUUUCGUUAUUUUAUGAUGAAUGUAGUAAAACGUUUGGUUGCACCUUUCUGUACAAAUUUUCUGUUCCAUUCGGUUAAGUUUUAAUCAAUAUAUAAUUUUUAAUAAGGUUAACAUAAAUAGAUAGUAAACGGUUAUAUUUUGUGCAAUAAUUAUAAAUUUUGUUUAACUCGAACAUUUUUUUUAAAAUCACUGACAAAUAUUUAGAAUUGAAAAUAAUAAUGCAAUGUUUAUAUUGUUUUUUUUUUUAUUGACUGUCUUUGUAUGAUUUUAUUUAGCGAUAUCGAUAUCCGUGUUCUCAUAUUUUCUAUUAUAUAGCAGAUGUUUUAUUGGCGAUUAUAUUAUUUUUUAAUAUUAGAGCUAGUUUUA